AUGAAAAUUUUUAAGUCAAAAAAAGAUGAACCCAAAAAGAAAGUUACUGUCACCAUCGUAUUUUAAUUUAUCUUAACUUAGUAAUAACUAUCCAUGUUAUUUAUGAAAUCAAGGGAAUAUAUUAAUUUAGACAAAUAGAAAAAAAUCAAUGAAGCUAUGUAGCAGGAAACUUUAUUAUUGAACAUGCUCAAGGCUCCUUAGAGAAAUAGGAAAGACGAAGAAACUCAAAUCAUCAAAAUUGUUAAUCUUAUUAAUACUAUCGAAGCUUAUGAUAAGGCAAUUAUUCAAAUAGGCAACGUCGAUCAAUUCAAGAGUCAAAUUGUAGCAAGCUAAGGUGACCCAACCAAAGUCUCACAAUACAUCCCUUAUAUCGCCAGUGUGUGUUACUACAUAGAAAAUACCAAUGAUUUAAGAGGUGCUGUUGAUCUCAAAUUGCAAUUAAAUGAAUACUACGGAUGUGAUAUUGCCAACUCCUUUGAAAAAUCAGUCGAUCCCUAAGCUAAAACUUUGUUUGGUAUUUUAAAUCUCUAAUCUCCAUCUGUCCAAAAAUAUGCUUAAGACUUCAGUAAGAAAUAUUAGAUCCCUGAUGUCCCAGGAUUAAACUAUCAACCAUAAUAAUAAUAAAAUGCUAAUUAAUAUCAUCAACCAACAUAAGGAGGCUAUCCAUAAUAAGGAGGCUAUCCAUAAUAAGGAGGCUAUCCACAAUAAGGGGGUUAUCCAUAAUAAGGAGGCUAUCCAUAAUAAGGAGGAUAUCCAUAGUAAGGAGGAUAUCCAUAGUAAGGAGGAUAUUAACAAUAGCAACCUCAACAAUAUCCAUAACAAGGUAACUAUUAAUAAUCAUAUCAAACAUCAUAACAUCCAUAAUAUCAACAAUAAAUCCCAUAGCAAAAUAAUUUCUAUCCUAAUUCUUAAACAAAUAAUCAAGGAAUAUAAUAAAGUUCUAAUCCAUAUGGAUAACUGCAAUUUAAUUAAUAGAAUAUUUACUAAAAUAAUCCAAAUGUUUAUUAACCUUAGAUUUCUCAGCCUUAAAUUGGAAUAAAUCCAAAAUAGAACGCCAACUACAAUUAUCCAUAACAAUUACAAUCAAUAUACAAUACAUCAUCCUAAUAAUAAAAUAAUAGCAUUGCAUUUUUACCUUUAUAAUAAUAAUCUUAAUUUAAAUAACCAUAAAUUCAGUCAUAAUAAUAAGCAUAGGUGGUAGAUCCAUUUGCCAUACUUAAUCAAACAAGCAAUUAAAUGAUGGUAGAGUUGCCUCUUCCCCCUAAAUAAUCAAAUUUCUAAUCCAAUAAUCCAUAGAGCUAAAAUGGAGGUGGAUUUACUUCCAAUUUGCCAGUCCCUCCUCCUGAUGAGUAGGUACCAUUUAAGUCUUAGAGCUCUCAAGAUUAAAAUAAAACUGGAAGCUUUGGAUAGAUCAAUUCAAUAGGGAAUAGUUAGAAUGCAAGGGGAACCUAAUUCACCGAUCCAUUGAGUGAUGAUAACAUCUUUUAGACUACAACAAUUGGUUAAGACAUGACAUAUAGUAUGCCUUUUGCUGUGGAUUAGACAAAGCAGGAAGUUCCAUUAAAAAUAAAUCAUGAUUUACGCUCUUUAGAAAUCCUACACAAGUUCAAGACUGGGAUUUCAUAAUCUAUUAAUGAUUCAUUGAAUUAAUUACAGAGAGUUGGUCUUAGUUUAUGAAAAGAAUAAUGCAUAUAUUUCUAUAAAAAAUAUAAUUGUAUUGA